GUGCAUUCCUGUUGACUCGUAGAAGCUCAUAUGAGCAGUCUGCUACCUCGAGGACUAGAAAGCGAUAGACUUUACUAGUGUUCAUCCUUGCAACAUGCAGCACGCUUUCAAAGAUCUGGGAGAGUGAUAGAUCUUUGAGCUUAUCAAAAAGAGAAGUUGGUAGUUCUGAUCAGUGGCAGGAGUCAUGAACUGAUCAUAGAGGCAAAUUUGUAGUGCUGAAUGAGUUCAAAAAGAUCCAUUCAAAUGAGCAAAAACCUGGCUGGUCUGCUCCUGUUUUAAGAGCUAAAAAAAGACACUAGUUUGAUUUUUUAAGUUGAAUCACGACUAGUCUACACGCUAUUCUAAGGGGACGCGGAUGGUCGAGAAGGGUGGCGAGUGGUCACCUACAUUACGAAUACAAAAAAAAAUGAAGAUAUCGAGCACAAUCUAUGGCACUUCAUACAAGGCGAAGGAAAGCUCUUGCGGUGGAUCUUUUCACCUUUCUGCCGAUCGGAAAAAUGGGAAACGACGUCCGAAGCCGCCCUUCACGCUGACCUUCGUAGCUCUUGGUGUAGCAUUUUAAGGCUCGAAAGGUUCGUGGUCACAUCCAAAAUCUUCGACAUCUGUCGAGCUGAAGCUUCCAUUGUUGAUUGAAACAAAAUACUUAACUGUUUGUCAGUGAAACUGAUGCUUAAACUGAUGCUCUAAGCCUUAGCAUCGCAUACUGUAUAUAGCAGCGGAGUCGGACUUAGAGAAGCCUUGUCCAGUUCUGUUGGGAAGACGGCAACUCGACAUGAAGUGACGACACAUGAUGUUUCCAGCAAAGACGAAGACUCCAAGGACACUAUUUGGUUCGAAAAUGACAGUUUGAAACGUCUGGGCUUACGCGUGAAAUGGUCUCCGGUCCGAGUUUACUUUCAUGGGCAAUGGCAUGUCGUUCAUGCAUAUACGAAAGUUCCUGUGCUUAUAAGACCAGACAAAAGCGCCAGGGCUUUGAAUUUUACGCUUGUGGAUGAACAGCAGACGUAUUGGUAUGGUAGGUCUACAACGUCUGAAAACAAGAAAGUAGUUUUGCAACUCAGUAUCAAAGAACAAAAGCAAGGCGGGGAUAGAGAUGAAAUUACAGUAUUCGAGCAGCACUUUUUUGGUGGGGACUUGCUUGGAACAGCGUAUAGAAACGCAUCAGAGUUUCUAGACGACUCACAUCCAGAACCGCAGACGUCGUUUCCGGUCUUCUUUGCCUCGGAUGAAGGAAAGAGGCAUCCAGAGCAAAGCCAAGUGAGUCUACCAGGUGAGCAGAGACCGGGACUAGCAUCUUCAUCAAGCUUAGAAGAAACUCAAACUGCAGCACCAGAACCUUGGAACUAUUUCCUCAUCGCCGGUUGUCAAUUAGCGGAGGUUCAUACUGGUACCAACACGCUGUUUCCUCAGCCUUCGCACCUGGGUUACGAGUCUUCGCCGUUGGUAUGGCAUCGAAACGGGUCGACCGCAGUGCUUUCUCAUUUGUCGCAUUUCAAGCAUGGGGUGAUGAGCCGAGGUUUGAACAAGGAUACUCACGACGGUAAUGAUCCAGAACACGAGCGUCAAUUAAGACUUGGGUUAUCGGGAGAACUCGAACGCAUUUCAAAGGAUACGAGAUAUGCAGCGGUGCUAUACCACAGCUGGACGAGGAGAGAAGAUGAGGAUGACGCGAAUAAAGCAGGAGAAGGUAGCGGAGGUGUAGUUGAUGUACCUCGACACCAUAGACACAACAGUCAAGUCGGUGUCCGACAAACGAUGUAUCGUUGGGGAAACUUCGUGCAUGACUUUGUACGUGCAGAGAAGAACGGAGGCAAGAAAAAGCAUCUCCCUGACGACUCAGAUCCUGUACUGGCGAAACUAGGGUUUUUCACUGAUAAUGGCGCUCAAUUCUAUGGUGAUUCCUACAACGCGGGUGCCCCUCGAGGACAAGGGAGAGAGCUGAAUUUGACCUGUUGUACAAGUGAUAAGAUAUACCCGGUCUUGCGAAAAGGAGGAACAAAGCCUAGUGCUAGUCCUGGGGUUCCCUCCCUUCACUACCUUCAGUUAGACGACUGGUGGUAUAGAGGUGUGUACCCGUCACCGCAAGAUUGGGGCAUUAAAUGCGUUGAAGACUGGACGUUUCCCACGAGUGUGGGUGCUGAUCGCAAUUUCUCGGACAUCGCCAGGCAAUUCCCGGAUCUGAGUCUGAUGCUGUAUGGACCGUUUUUCUGUCCUAACAGCACGCUUUUGAAUUAUAGUCAUACUUCUACUUCACAUUCAUCAGAGCAGACACAGACAACAGCCACAGCAUCGUGGGUUUCCUCAGGCACAAUGCCUGUUUUAACUCCACGUGGAACGGAUGGGAGCUCUGAAAAGAUCUAUGACGAGCUAUUUCGACGAGCGGCUUUUGCUUUUGGAGAUGAUCCUGCUACUUUAGAACAAGUAUCUUCAGAGACUACGGCUACUAGAACACAACUUUUCACGAAUUUUGAGAUUGACUUCAUGAACGAAAUUUUUCUGCGGUCUGCUGAUUUCCGUUCGACGUUGGAUUUGUACGAAUCAUGGCUGUGGGGGUUGGAUAAAGCCGCACGAAAAGCGAACUUGUAUGUUCAGUACUGCAUGAUGUUGCCAUCUGACGUUUUCCUGGCGAUUGCGAUGGUUAAGGCUACAACUACUGCGAAGCGGGGUUUAUUUGCCCGCUUGUUUAUCAUGGGUUUCACUAGAACUCGUCUUCUAACAUCGACCGCACGACCAACGGUCGCGCCAGUGACGACUACGCUGCAGUGCAUACGUGGGACGUUUUUGCUAGCAGUUUGCUGUUCGACUCUUUGCGGUCGAUGAGGCCAUCGAAGGAUAACUUUUGGUCGAGCCCAGUGUAUCCUUCAGAUGCCAACUUCAACGUCUUGAACACAGGUUAUGGUGGGGUGAACAGUAGUUGCUUAUAGUUGGUAGUUGCCUUCUUGGUAGAUUCUUGCAUUUGCAUUACAUGCAAUGGACGAAACGAGAUAGUAUGAGAUGAACACCACGAAGACAUCUGUUCGCGGGCGUGUAAGAAAGAAUAAGAAGUGUCACUAGACACCUCGAAACAAACGGCGGUGAUCCAAGCAUGAACCUACUCGUGCAUAGUCUGGUCGCGACGUAUUCCUUGGGCCCGGUGGGUGUGAGUGAUCUGGUUCUGAACGGUACGGUCUUGUCACGGAUUGCGAUGAGCAAUGGCACGCUGUUGCGACCGCAGAGACCUCUGACGGUCGCAGAUAAGAUAAGGCUCUAGGACUGCGAGGAAAUUUGUGGAUGAAAAGAUCUACAAGUUUAAAAGCCAUACGGAUAUUGGCGUCCACCUACCACCAAGGACGAGUCCUUUAAUUAUUCAUAGAGGUGGUCGGUCUGUAUGAAAUGUGUCAUUACUCACACGAAGUUGGAAGAUUAAUUGAGUAUUCCUCUUGAAUAGUCGUGGUUCUAAACUCCGUCUGGCAAGAGGGAUACCACUCGACCGGUCGAGUAGCGAGUACUAGGAUCGACAAUGAAAGCUUCGCUGUGUUUUUCGGGAACUACACUAGAACUAAAGACCUUCAAGGGGGUGAAAAAAGUGCUUUUUGGAAUGCGGAAGUCGUAAUGGCGCAAGUUGUCGACGACGGACUGGGUGGAGGUUCUCAGGAUGAGGAUACUACUUCUGCUUCUAGAAGUACAGUGACGGCCCGAAAUAACGGCGUCCUACUUGUCCGUCGUAUUGCAACGAUGUCGGACGGAACUGAGGUACCAUGGGAAAGCGAUCCUGCUAUGUUGGCUGAGGCCUCUGGACGAGUAGAUCAUAAGCUAGUAGGGGAGCAGAAAAUAGGCACCAGCAAACAGGCUGUGCGACUGCGUGUAAAACCAGAAGACCGAUCCUUCGUCAAAGCGCGGCUGUUACUUGAACGACCAGGCUCUCUUGGAGGAAAGGAUACCUUCAAGGUUUUUAGGCCGUCUUCUUCUAGUCUGAAGACACAUACUAGUACUGUGUCAUCUUCCAUAUCAACUACAACAAGUACAUCUCGUUCUAUCAGAAAUACAACCCCCGACGUCACGCUCACGUCGUCUUCUUCGCCACAUCAAAGUAACAACAAGUUGUUUGUUUCCUAUGAGUUGUUUUGGAUGUUUCACUUACCACCUCCCUCGAGAAGAACUUCAGUGGAAAAUAAGAGCAACAGCACGGGCCCCGAGACAGACCAGCUUGUCUUCCUUGGUGAGUGGAUGAAGUACGUACCUCGUUCCGCACAACGAUUUGUUGAGAUUAGAAGGAGUUCUUCUUCCACGACUUUUUCCAGAAGUACAACUAGGGAUGUCGAGGAAAGCGGAAGAAGUGCAUCUUCAACAUCAACAACUUUCGUCGCACGCUUUGCACCAAGAGAAUUGACCUCCUUUUCUUGGGUCCGGCUCAGCAGCAAUGACAAGACGGCCUUUCGCAUGCUGGAGCUGCAGAACAAUCACGAUGAGGCGAGGCAAAUGAAAGUGACCAUUGCGAUUUCGGAAGACGCAACAACGGAGGUGGAAAUGGAGGGUGACGAAAUUGUGGAUGUAGAGUUACUUUCAACGUGGGGGUACGAUGGCGAUGCAGGUGCUCAGGGAUCAACUAUUCUUGAAGGUGAUGAUGCAGCAAUUUUCGAGUAGCAAUGGGCGGUGGAUGAUAAUUGAAGGUGUUUCCGCCCGUUAUUUGGAUUGUCGCUUUCUAUCGCUUUCUCUUGGAUUACACUGUAACCAUACCCAUCUGUGCUCCCUAUCUCUGAUUUUGCAACUCGAUUGGAACGAUCGCCAAAUCUCGACACACAAAAAUUGUGACUCAGAUACCUCGGAGAACAAGCACUCAAAUUUUCUUUGAUGUUGAGCUAUACCGUGAUUGCAACCCACGAGACACCAGUAGAGCUACUUGAGACACCAUGAUGAUGAUGAUGAUGAUGCGCCUAUCGAGAGAAUGACGUCGAAUGCUCGUUGAAAUCGAGAGAAUGGAACCGGCACAUGAUUUUUAACGCUGAGUUCGCAAAUGUAGUACUAAGAUGUAUGAUGAUCGUC